AUGAACGGAGAAUAUCCGAAGAUCCUGUACCGCAUUGCGGCUCCAAGUGAGAGCGAUCGGAUCCGAGAGGCCCUGCUAUCAUUCUACUACCCAGAGGAACUGCUGAGUCGAUCGUACGCCGGAGAGCAGCAGAUCGCCGGAGCAGGACCACCAGAAGAACAGCUCCAGCAUGCGUUAUCCUUCGCCCAGCAGGGUAUGGCCGCGUUGGCGAUCGAGGAAGACCACGGGAGGAUCAUUGGUGUUGCGAUCGCGCGCUGCGUGAAGCCAACAACGGCAGGUGAUCUGUUGACGGCGGUACCACAAACAGGAUCGCAUCAGUGGGCUGAAACGUUGCGGUUGUUUGCGCAUCUCGAGCACACCGGAGAUGUUUGUGGGCGUUUUCGAUCACGCCGUGCCUACCACGUGUUCGUGUUGGCCGUAGAACCACACUUCCGGCGUCGAGCCAUUGGCCAGAAGCUCAUGGAAUUUCAGCUGGCACGAGGAAAAUCGCUUCGCUUUCGGGUAGUGAGUGCGGAUUUCACGUGCAAGGAAGCGGCUCGCAUCGGUGAACGUGUGGAUAUGAGGUGUGUCAGUGUUCUGUCUCUGAACCAGUAUCGCAACCCGGUCGGAGAGCGUUCGUUUGCGGCACCGGAAGUUGAUCCGGUCGUGAGCACGUACGCUCGGUAUGUUUGA